GCUGCCCAGAGGCUGUGGUCCUGAAAGCUCCAGCCAGGGAACUAACCAGGGAGAGGAGUACUGAAGACUGACUAAACCUGCGGCAAAGGGAGCAUCAGCCUGAAGGCUUCCCGGAGGAGCCCACUGAACUCCAAGGAAGGAGUAAAAGAAGUAGCAGCCAGAGAAACCAGACCGGUGGCAUUCCUAAGAGGCUGUGUCCAGGUUUAACAUGGAUCGAUAAAAGCACCUCCUCCUCCUAUGAUCUGGAUGGUCAGAGAAACUUGGCUUCUCUGAGUCUCCUCCAGGACACAGAUCCACAGAAUUCACGCCAGGAUUUCCCACUGCCAAAGAAUCUAGAAAUGGCAAAAACAUAUGUGAAACCCAAGGAGAUUACAGAGUUGGUCAACACACCAUCCUGGAUGGACAAAGGUCUGGGUUCUCAGGCUGAGAUGAAGGAGGAGGAGAGAAGACCAGCUGCUUAUGGGAUGCUUGGUGGCUUAGCUGAAGAGCAUGACAGUAUUGAGGAAGAAGAAGAGGAGGAGGAAGAGGAUGGGGAGAAGCCUAAGAGAAGGGGUCCCAAGAAAAAGAAGAUGACGAAAGCUCGCCUGGAGAGGUUUAAGGCUCGAAGAGUCAAGGCCAAUGCUAGAGAACGGACCCGGAUGCAUGGACUGAACGAUGCCUUGGACAACCUGAGGAGAGUCAUGCCAUGUUACUCUAAAACGCAAAAGCUCUCCAAGAUAGAAACGCUUAGACUGGCCAGGAACUAUAUUUGGGCUUUGUCUGAGGUCCUGGAAACUGGCCAGACACCUGAAGGGAAAGGCUUUGUGGAGAUGCUCUGUAAAGGGCUCUCUCAGCCCACAAGCAAUCUGGUGGCUGGAUGCCUCCAACUGGGCCCUCAGUCUGUCCUUGUGGAGAAGCAGGAGGAGAAAUCUCCUGUUUGUGACUCUGCCAUCUCUGUCCAUAACUUCAACUAUCAGUCUCCUGGUCUCCCCAGCCCUCCUUAUGGCCAUAUGGAAACACAUCUUAUUAAUCUCAAACCCCCAGUAUUCAAGAGUUUGGGAGAAUCAUCCUUUGGGAGUCAUCCACCUGACUGCAGUACACCACCUUAUGAGGGCCCACUUACUCCACCCCUGAGCAUCAGUGGGAACUUCUCCUUGAAGCAAGAUGGCUCUCCUGAUCUGGAUAAAUCCUACAGCUUCAUGCCACAUUACCCCUCUGCAAGUCUAAACUCAGGGCAUGUGCAUUCAACUCCCUUCCAGGCUGGUACCCCUCGCUAUGAUAUUCCCAUAGAUAUGUCCUAUGAUUCCUACCCUCACCAUGGCAUUGGGGCUCAACUCAAUACAAUCUUCACUGAUUAGAACAGUAAGAUCAACAUUUCAGAGGAUGAUGUGGAGAUGUUUUCUGUAAUUCAAAUGGUUGAGCUGAAGAUUCAAUGACCUUAAAGGAACCUUAUAGAUAUACAUUAGUCCCAGUUCAUUUAGAACCUCUUAUACCUGUCACUCUCUUUGCUCAUCAACAUCUCAUCAGAUUGUAUUAAUUCUUUAAUUUAGGGUCCUCAUGUGCAAUUAUUUGACUUUUUAUAAUCAUGUGGAAAUGGAACAGAAGUCCUAAGUCCUAUUCUGGUGGUACCAAUAACUUAUUUAAUGAUAAAUGUUAAUUAAUUUUCCAUUUCUGACCUCUUUUUACUUACUAGUAAAAUCAGGCAAUUGUUCUAAGUCUAGAUGAUUUCUAAAGUCCUUCAUAGUUUUGAAAUUCUAUAACUUUGGUGACCACUUCUAUAAACUUCUUGAAACUGAAAGUACAGAGGAAUAGUAGAAAAUAGGGACUAUAUGUCAACGAUCAAAUGGAGUUGCCAAAGGAGCACCAGGUGCAUGACUGUCGGGGACUUAAUGAUUGGAUUUCUUUGCACCUAUCUAGAAAUAGCCGCCAGAGGCUCAAAUUAUAAGUUCUAAAUUCAAAUUCUAAGUUUGUCACUGUGAAUAACAAAGUAUGUUCUUUAAGAGAUUAACUCUAUUUCUUGUUGGGCUGAAAGCUGAACAUAACUUCCUUAGUAACUUGAGAACAAUAAUAGAUAUCUCAUACCAGUUUGAUUCUUGAUAACAUUUCAAAAGCACUUUUAUUAGUAGUAGAGAUGGGGCAAUCAAGUCACUGAAACCUCAGACUCUUAUGACCAAUGGGACUUAGAAAAGUCAUCUAGACCAUUUCAUGGUCUUUAUAACCAGAGGGCUCUGGAAAUUCUGAUGAAGCUCAGGUGCUGUUAUUGGAAUCAGCAAACAACACAGGUCACAUUCAAGAGCAAUAAAAUGGCUAUUGACUAUACUAACUAUAGCUAUAUCAUAGUUCUGGUACUCUUUCUAGCUCACACCUGCCCAUAGGGAAAUCACUAGAUUCUUUGGCAAGAUGAAUUUUUUUCUAAUUAAAGAAAACAUGUUUAAAAUUACUGACCUCUGUCCACACCAAUAUCAUAUUGACCAAACUUGAAUUUUCCAAAAUAUGUAUAUUUCUGUAUCUUCC